GACAAAGGUGUUGCUAGGAUGUGGCUAUUUAAAAACCCCAUACAAACCACUCCUCCUCCAUCUCCAGAGUUUCGCAGACCCUGGAGGUCCAUGGACUGGAAUGAGGAUAAACAAAAUCUACUGACAGCAAUAAACAGGUUCAAACCUAAGAACCCAGAAGUUGGCACUCUGAGAAUUCUUCUGUAUGGACCACAAGGUGCUGGAAAAUCAAGCGUUUUCAACUCUGUGGAUAGUGCUCUCAAGGGCCACAUCACUACCAGAGCCCUGGCACAUGCAGUAGAAACUGAUCAUAGUUUCACUGUGGAAUCCAAAACCUAUAAAGUGAAGAAGGACAGCCCUGACUCCUACUUCCCUUUCAAUUUCACUGACAUUGCUGGAAUGCACGGAGAAGAUAGAGGAAUACAUAGGGAUGACAUCAUCAAAUUAUUAAACGGUCACAUCAACAGUGGUUAUACUUUUAACCCAUUAAAACCAAUUACCGAAGAAGACCCGGAGUAUAACAAGAACCCCACUCUGAAAGACAGGAUUCACUGUCUGGUUGCUGUUCUUCCUGCUAACACUGUUUCUAUGAUGGAUGAGAGCAUAAUUAGGCAAAUGCUUGAUGUUCGUAAGAAAGCAAGAGACUUGGGCAUUCCUCAAGUCAUAAUCAUGACCAAGGUUGAUGAAUCAUGUCCACUAGUCAAAGAUGAUCUUAAAAAGAUCUACACAAGUAAAAAAAUAAAACAAAAGAUGGAAGUGUGUUCUAUCAAGCUGGGAAUUCCUGUGAGCUGCAUUUAUCCUGUGAAGAACUACCAUGAGGAACGUGCCAUUGAUGACACAAUAGAUAUUCUGAUUUUAGAUGCAUUGAAGAAUAUUAUUAACUUUGCUGAUGAAAGUGUGGAAGAUCAGGUAGACAGUGAUUAAGUGCCCCUUGAAUCUGUAAGAGUUUUGAAUUACAGGUUGUGUAGGAUGUUUUCCUGAUGGGCAAUUUAU